AUGACUACGGGUCUUGAAGGAUACAUGGACCACUCCUCCAGUAUAAACCUUCAGCAUGGUUCUGUAUUGAUGGACCCGGUCCAGCGCCUCCAGCCGUCCAUGGCCGAUGCUCCUCCAUUUCACGAUACCAGCAUCCUUCAGCCAAUUAUGGCGGGAGAGCAGACCAUCAAGCCAGAGAUUCAGGCGAAGAUCCACAAGGGAUUUUUCCAAAUCAACGAGAACUGGACCUGUUACCGGUGCAAUUAUAUUUCCGUCUCAUGUAGCUUUUCCCUGCAACCGUGGACAGACGGCCCCAUGUUCCUCACGUUUCCAGACAGCACAACGCAGAGGAUCAUUGCGUUUUCAAUGACUAUAUCAGCGAUUGUGAAUGGGCAGUACAGCAAGAUCAGAGAUGAUCACGGAUUCUUCCUGGGCUCGUCAGCUGCGCGGAUGGGGUUGGAGUACAGUGACUCCUACACCGGCGCUACACAACUGUCUCAGCCUCCAACUCAGCAUACAUUUGAGCGGAUCCAGUUCCAGAAGGCCACGGCAAACGGGAAACGCCGAGGCCAACAACCGUAUUACAAUCUAGUUGUGGAGUUGUACGCGGCUGUUGAGAACCCCGUCAGUGGAGCCGACACCCUAUGGAUUAAAAUUGCCCGACGACUGUCGGAUCCAGUGGUUGUCCGGGGUCGAUGA